AUGGCUGCUGUCAUCAUUUAUCUCCUAUCAGCCAUUGGUAUUUUCCUCUGCCCCGCCUUCGCCUUCGACCCGAGGCCCCAACAGGACAUAUGCGUGGCGGACCUGAGCAAGGGAGCGAAUCCGAACGGCCUUCUCCCUCUCCCGUGCAUGGACCCCACCAACGUCACGGCCGACCACUUCUACUCGGACGACCUCCGCACGCCCGGCAACACCAACAACCCCUUUCGAGCCGCCUUCACCGCUCUCGACUCCGCCCAAGUCCCCGGCCGCAACACCCUCGGCAUGACCGUGUCCCGCCUCGACGUGGGGCCCGCGGGAUUCUACGCGUUCCACGCCCACCCGAGGGCCGCCGAGCUCUUUGUAGUCAUGAGGGGGCAGCUCGAGGUCGGGUUCGUGACGUCGACCCAACACAGGCUUUAUAAGAAGAUCCUUUCCCCUGGAGACGUGUUUUACGUCCCGCUCGGCCUACUUCACUACCAGAGGAAUCCGGGGAACAGCAGCAGCACGGUUGCGUACAGCGUGCUCAACAGCCAGAGUCCCGGGCUCAACUCCAUUACGCAUGCUGCCUUUGGGGCGAGCCCGAGCAUCGACAGCGGUUAUCUUGCGGACGCGUUUCAGUUGGAUUUGAGAACUAUCCAGAGUCUCCAGGGGAAGCAGUGGGUAUAG